GAAGGGGCGGUGGGAGCGGCGGCGCGCGCGAGCCGGGCCGCGAGCGGGCGAUCCAACCCUUCGCUGCGCCGCGGGGAAGAGAAGAGCAGAGCUGGAGCUGAGGCGGAGUUUGUGGUGUCAGAGGUGACGUCUCCAGCAAAGGACAGUUUGGAAUAUCACACCUAGUAGGAGUAGGAAGUUGUUGAAGAUUUCUGCGGUGGACUUGCACAAAAAACCACAAAGUAAAACUUCUGCUACUGAUGUUGUGGUGUGGUGCUCUAAAAACUACCAGUGGGGGAUGUGCGUGAAGUCUCGUCCAAAUGCAUGUAGACUGGUUUUGUGAAAUAAGUAGAUGGCCUCAAAGUUUUGCAGCUGCUGGAUGAAAAGAGAGACUGUGUGAAGAACAAAAAUUAAGACUUGAGUGGAUACAGCCAGGAAAAGAGAACAGGUGUUCCUGGGACAAAUCCCAGGGCAUAGAGAAAAUUCUGUCACUCCUGUUAGCGCUUCACCUCUUUGAGAGAGAAUGUUCAAGUUUCUCAUUUCUGAUUCUGUCUUCUGCCCCCUCUUACUUGCAGGCCUUUCCGUGCUUCUUUGCUACAUCUUUCUUACAGUAAGGAAUAAGUGUUUCUUCCUUGUUUUCUGUGAACUCCUGGAAGGCACUGUAGAAGUUUGGGGACAGUUGUUUUUCUCUCCUCUGCUGACCUGCAGACCCACAUGUGGUAAAAGUACUUUAAGAAAAGCGCUGUUAUGAGUAACUGACCUUCUCCAAGUAGAAGGAGUUUCAUUCCUUAGGGCAUGACUUGCUGGGCUACUCCUGUUGUUGAGGCAGAUAUUGCCAAGCAAGCUUGAAAAACUUGUAUUGCCCCUUAUGACUUGUUAGUGAUUUCACAAGAAGAGAUAAACCACUUUUCCUCCUGCUCUAACAGCUGGAGCUCCUGUGAGCUGGUUUCUAUCCCACUGCUGUCCCGAGAGUGGGCUUUGCCUGUUCUACUUAUAGUUGUUGCUGGAGGAGCAAAGCACCAAGGUUCAGGAGAUGUAAGAGAAGGAGCAGUUAGAGGGCAAGUGCUAGCAAUCUCUGCUUUCCUCUGUCCUGCUUGGCAUAUGGUAGUUGCAUCAACUGCUUUGUGUUUUGUCCCAGUUUUUUUCCCGCUCUAGGUGCUUUCUGGAUAAUGGCGAAGAUGGUGAGAAGAACGUGUGCCUUUUGUUCAGAAGGGGAGGCUGGUUCUGUAAUGUAUAUUGCCAAAGAGAGAGACAUUGCAGCUCAUCAGGAUUGUCUGUUAUUUUCCUCAGGAUUUGUGGAAUCUGAAGAGUAUAACCCAGAAAAUCUGGAUAUAAGGUUUGAUGUGGCAUCAGUGUUGAAAGAGCUCAGGAGAGGAAAGCGGCUGGUGUGCAACUUCUGCCGCAAGAAAGGAGCCACUGUGGGCUGUGAGGAGAGAGCCUGCCGCAGGAGCUACCACUACUUCUGCGCGCUCUGCGACGACGCAGCCAUAGAAACCGACCAAGUGAAGGGAGUCUACCGAGUGUUCUGCCCAAAACAUGACCCAAGCAAUAGGACCAGUCACUAUGGUGCAGCUAAUAAGAAGAGAAGAUACACAUUGACCUCUCCUGCCAUCACGGAAGAAAUGAAAACAGAAGAGAAAGCAGAAGAAAAUCAUUUACAAAUACUGAAAAGAAAAAACAACAGGCAUAAAGUCCAAAUAGACCUUGUCAGGAAAUGCAAACAAGCUGGGCUUCUAGAUGACAUAUUUGAAGAGAUGCUGGACACACUUCACCUGGCACAGGAAAAACUAAUGGAUGACAACACUUCAGAAACAGAGUAUGAAGAGACAGUAAUGGCACUGUUUGACUGUGGACUGUUUGAAAAUAUACUGACAAAUAUUCAUUCAGACCAACCUUGCUGCUCAGAGGUCACCAACACCUCUGUCUUGUUGACCGAACAAAGCAGGAAAAUGGAAGCAACAGAGAGAAGCAGAAAUGCAGUCAGGCAGAGCUUUGCAAAUAAGGAACAGAAGAAAAAAUACAGGAACUUCUGGAAAACAGAAAAAGACUGGAUCACAAGAUUGAGCUACUGCAGGACUUAAAAGAAGUCCUUCCUACCCCAGAGAGCACAGCCAGUACAUCUAGUACGGUGUCUGAAUAACACUUAAGUCUUUCUGUAAUGGUGUCAAAUAUUUAGGAUUUUCUAAUGAUAGAAACCCUAGAGCACAUGUGGUCCCUGCCUAAGAAAUUCCCCACUCCCAAGACAGGGACACAAGUAAGAACUGGAUCUUAUCCACAUUUUUUAUACCUCAACAGUGCAAUAAUUUUAAGUCCUUAAAAUUUCCAAAUCUUCGUCUUCAGAUUUUACUGUGUAGUACAGCAGUGUUAUACACUAAAUUUAGCUUUUUUUAAACCCUCCAGUGAAGAGUUUUUGCUCCAAGACAAGGGAACAGCAGCUGCAACAGAACACUUGUAAGAGUCACUUUAACUGUGGAGCCCUCUCUUGGCUGUGCCAUAGCUGCUUCACUGUCUGUGGCUAGACAGUGAUGUUUUCAGGAUCAUAUUGGUGCUUUGGCUUUCCAAAGAAGAUAAAUGAGCAGAACUUGCACUUGAAGCCAUCUGAGUCAUGAACAGGAGUUGAAUUAAAGAUCCCAAGUUAUUCUUGCUUGACUGGUCAACGUGUAAUUAGUUCUGCUGUAAUGGCAGUGGUGAAACAGUGUUUACAGGUGGACCAAACCCCCUUGGUCAUUAUACUCAGAACAUGUACAAUGUCAAAAGGAUCAAACAGUGAUCUGGGUCUUCCUUUCUCCAUUAAGGAAGGAUCCACCUUCCCUGUGUUUUGCCUUUAAAAAGUUAUUUCAAUACAGAAAAGCAUUGUUUAGCUACAAAAGGCUAAAUUAACAAAAUAAAACAUUUUUUCAAAAAAGCUGUGUGGAGUUGUGGUCACUGGCCCUGCUGCUACAUAGGAUGUGGCCAAGGAGGGAGAGCAGUGUCAGGCGCUGCUUUAACCACCCCUUGCCUCAGUAGGAAGCAGAGCAGCACCAGAGUGCUCCAGUGCCCUCACGGUUUCAUGACAAGUGUAACAUCCUGUUACAACAGCUGUACUCUGCCCCUGACCAUUUAGAAUUCCUGAUGGGAGCACAGAAUAACAACAUUCAAAACAAGCUUUGAACUAUUAGCUGUGCCCCCUAGAACAAAUAGUAGUCAUUUUAAUUGCUUAUAGUGUUCAGGCCUGCUGCCUCCCUGGGCCUAGAAGCACCACCAGCUUACAGCCCAAGCCUAGGACUCGAGUGCCACUCAGAGCAAUUCUGCCUGGAAAACCCCCACCUAAAACAAAAGUGCAUUAAUGUGGAGCUCUGUUAUUAAAAAUAUACGAUGACAAUAGUAGAUGUCCAUACAUACCUGCUGUAGGGUUACAGUCACAUAUGGAUGACUUCAUGAAAAAAAAAAAUCGGAUCCAUAGCUUGCAAUUGAGGUCUAAAUUAGAGCCUACAAAUAAAUUUGCUCAAUUCUGAAAUCAAAAUCACUGGUAUCGUCAAGUACAGUGAAAUCAGCAAGAUUCAGUAAUAUAGCAGGAGAGGUAAGUUUGGCUGUGUUUUUUGUUGGCAGUUUUCCUUUGUUGUUCUGUUGGGUUUUAGGUUGUUUUUUAAAUAAAGCAAUUUAUACAGUGUAUGUAA